AUGCAGAGGAUAGUGGAGGUAAGAUUCAUUCUCCCUGCAAUAAAUAAUACAUUGAUAUGUUGUGAUGGUGCAUCUAGGGGGAAUCCUGGUGUUGCAGGUUAUGGAUUUGUGUGCAGAAGUGAUCAAGGUGAGUUUAUCUAUGCUGAAGCUAAAGGCUUGGGUAUAGCAACAAACUUCAUUGUUGAAGUUAUGGCUAUUGUUGGAGCAGCAGAAUGUGUAUUGAUAAAUAAUAAGGUUAAUAUAUGCAUUCACUCAGAUUCAAGUGCAGCAGUCAAAGUUUAUACCUCGGGGAAACUACCUUGGUUCAUUAUGACAAGAUGGAAAAGAAUAAAAGAGCUACUAAGGAAUAUUCAAUUUGUACAUAGUUUGAGAGAAAUAAAUUUCUCUGCAGAUUCACUUGCAAAGAGAGGUGCAGGUUUAGAGAGGGGGGUGAGUCAAAUUUUUACUACUAGACCAAAUUUCUUGUCAGCAAUGGAAUCUCCUGACAGAGUAUAUUAUAGGUUCCGAUGA